AUGGAAAGACCAAAACAAAGUCAUUUUUCAGCACUGAAGCAGGUGUUAAGGUAUGUUAAAGGGUCUAUUGAUUAUGGUCUGCAAUACCGGAAGGGUGGUAAAGGAGAAUUAUUGGGUUAUAGCGAUAGUAGCCAGGGGUUAAAUGUCGAAGACGGAAGAGCAACCACAGGUAUUGUGUUUUAUUUCUCUAACAAUCUGAUCAAAUUGGCUUCACAGAAACAGCAAAUUGUAGCUUUGAGCUCUUGUGAAGCUGAAUUUAUGGCAGCAACAUCAGCUGCGUGCCAAGCCUUGUGGUUACGAAAUCUGAUUUGUGAUUUAACUCGUGAAAAGGCUCAACAAGUGAAAUUGUUGGUGGAUAAUGAGUCAGCUAUAGCCUUGAUGAGGAACCCUGUAUUUCACGGCCGAAGUAAACAUAUUGACACCAAAUAUCAUUUCAUACGGGAAUGUAUAGAGCGUGGCAAGAUUCAAGUGCAAUAUGUUAGUGGGGAGCUGCAGAAAGCUGAUAUCUUGACUAAAGCGCUGCCACGAAUAAAGUUUGGGGAAAUGAGAGCACUGAUUUGA